GGAGGAAGCGCGGAAUCAGGAACUGGCCAGGGGUCGGCGCGGGGCCUGAGUUGGUCCGCGGCGGCCCCAGGAGCAGCUGCCCGCGCGGCACAGCACCAUGGGCUUCUCUUCUGAGCUGUGCAGUCCCCAGGGCCACGGAGCAGUGCAGCGGCUGCAGGAGGCCGAGCUUCGACUAUUGGAGGGCAUGCGGAAGUGGAUGGCCCAGCGGGUCAAGAGUGACAGGGAAUAUGCAGGGCUGCUACACCACAUGUCAGUGCAGGAGGGUGGGGCCCAGAGCCGGGGCAUGGGACCUGACAGCCCCAUCAGCCAGUCCUGGGCUGAGAUCACCAACCAGACAGAGAGCCUGAGCCGGUUGCUGAGGCAACAUGCAGAAGAUCUGAACUCGGGGCCACUGAGUAAGCUGAGCUUGCUGAUCCGGGAGCGGCAGCAACUGCGCAAAACCUACAGUGAGCAGUGGCAGCAACUGCAGCAGGAACUCACAAAGACCCACAGCCAGGACAUUGAAAAGCUGAAGAGCCAGUACCGAGUCCUGGCACGGGAUAGUGCCCAGGCCAGGCGCAAGUACCAAGAGGCCAACAAAGACAAGGACCGUGACAAGGCCAAGGACAAGUACGUGCGCAGCCUGUGGAAGCUCUUUGCCCACCAUAACCGCUACGUGCUAGGUGUGCGGGCUGCGCAGCUGCACCACCAGCACCACCACCAGCUCAUGCUGCCCAGCCUGUUCCAGUCGCUACAGGACCUGCACCAGGAAAUGGCAUGCAUCCUGAAGGAGAUCUUGCAGGAAUACCUGGAGAUCAGCAGCCUGGUGCAGGAUGAGGUGGUGGCCAUUCACCAGGAGAUGGCAGCAGCCGUGGCCCAUAUACAACCUGAGGCAGAGUACCAGGGCUUCUUGAAACAGUAUGGGUCUGCGCCUGAUAUCCCCCCCUGCGUCACCUUUGAUGAGUCCCUGCUUGAGGAGGGUGAACCUCUGGAGCCCGGGGAGCUGCAGCUAAAUGAGCUGACAGUGGAGAGCGUGCAACACACGAUGACCGCAGUGACUGAUGAGCUGGCCAUGGCCACUGAGACGGUGCUCAGCCGGCAGAAGAUGGUCACUCAGCUGCAGCAUGAGCUCUGGAAUGAGGAGCAGAAUACCCACCCUCGGGAGCGGGUGCAGCUGUUGGGCAAGAAGCAGGCACUGCAGGAGGUGAUGCAGGAGUUGCAGCUUGCUCUGUGCAGCCAGGCCAAGCUGGAGGCCCAGCAAGAGCUGCUGCAGACCAAGCUGGAGCAUCUGGGCCCUGGCGAGCCCCCACCCGUGCCUCUCCUACAGGAUGACUGCCACUCUACGUCCUCCUCGGAGCAGGAGCGAGAGGGGGGAAGGACACCCACCCUGGAGUUGCUUAAGAGCCACAUCUCAGGAAUCUUCCGCCCCAAGUUCUCGCUCCCCCCACCACUGCAGCUCGUCCCUGAGGUACAGAAGCCCCUGUACGAGCAGCUGUGGUACCAUGGAGCCAUCCCACGGGCAGAGGUGGCAGAGUUGCUGAUACAUUCCGGGGACUUCCUGGUGCGGGAGAGCCAGGGCAAGCAGGAGUACGUGCUGUCGGUGCUGUGGGACGAGCAGCCCCGGCAUUUCAUCAUCCAGUCAGUGGAUAACCUGUACCGACUGGAAGGGGAUGGCUUUCCCAGCAUCCCCUUGCUUAUUGACCACCUGCUGCACUCCCAGCAGCCCCUUACCAAGAAGAGCGGUGUUGUCCUGAAUAGGGCCGUACCCAAGGACAAGUGGGCACUGAACCAUGAAGACCUAGUGUUAGGGGAGCAGAUUGGGCGGGGGAACUUCGGGGAAGUGUUCAGUGGACGCCUUCGAGCUGACAACACCCUUGUGGCUAUAAAAUCUUGCCGAGAGACGCUCCCCCCUGACCUCAAGGCGAAGUUUCUACAGGAAGCGAGGAUCCUGAAGCAGUACAGCCACCCCAACAUCGUGCGUCUUAUUGGCGUCUGCACCCAGAAGCAGCCCAUCUACAUCGUCAUGGAGCUUGUGCAGGGGGGCGACUUCCUGACCUUCCUCCGGACAGAGGGCCCCCGCCUGCGGGUGAAGACUCUUCUACAGAUGGUGGGGGACGCAGCUGCUGGCAUGGAGUACCUGGAGAGCAAGUGCUGCAUCCACCGGGACCUGGCUGCUCGGAACUGCCUGGUAACAGAGAAGAACGUACUGAAGAUCAGUGACUUUGGGAUGUCUCGGGAGGAAGCUGAUGGGGUCUAUGCAGCAUCAGGAGGCCUCAGACAAGUCCCUGUAAAGUGGACUGCCCCUGAGGCUCUGAACUAUGGCCGCUACUCCUCCGAGAGUGAUGUGUGGAGCUUUGGCAUCUUGCUCUGGGAGACCUUCAGCCUGGGGGCCUCCCCAUACCCCAACCUUAGCAACCAGCAAACUCGAGAGUUUGUAGAAAAGGGGGGCCGCCUGCCCUGCCCAGAACUGUGUCCCGAUGCUGUGUUCAGGCUCAUGGAGCAGUGCUGGGCCUAUGAGCCUGGGCAACGGCCCAGCUUUAGCACCAUCUGCCAGGAGCUGCAGAGCAUCCGAAAGAGGCAUCGAUGAGGCUGGGAUCCCUUCUCAGGCCAGCAGCCUCUGCAGACAAGACUGUGCCUCUUCACCAGCUCCAGCUCGCUCCACUGGAUGGCUCUUCGCAGUCCCACAUGCCAGCCGCCACUUUCCUUGCUGCCAACUGGGAUGCGUGCAGCUCCUGUCUCCUCAGCCUCACUGUUGUGCCAGGGCUUCCUCUCCUAGGCAGAAAUAAUAAAACCACUUAUGCCCAC